AUGGAGUCCCUCCCUGAGGCAGUCCUGAUCAGAAUCCUGGCUUCCAUACCUGCGGUGGAUUUGGUGCUGGCGUGCCGCUUGGUCUGCUGCCAGUGGAAGAACCUGGUGGAUGGAGGCCUCGCUGGAGCAGAGUCACAGGAGAAUGCAGAGAACUGGCAGAACUUCUACUUCCUGAGUAAGAAAAGGAAGAAUCUGAUCAGGAACCCGUGUGGUGAAGAAGCCUUGCAGCACUGGGGAGAGGUAGAGAAUGGAGGUGAUGGCUGGAAAAUUGAAGAGCUCCCUGGGGACUUUGGAAAAGAAUUCCCUAGUGAAGAAGUCCGUAAAUACUUUGUUACAUCUUAUGAGUGGUGUCGCAAGGCUCAGGUCAUUGACCUUAGGGCUGAGGGCUACUGGGAAGAGCUGAUGGACACAACCCAGCCUAAAGUCGUGGUGAAGGACUGGUACGCAGGACGCAGUGACGCUGGCUGCCUCUACGAGCUCUGUGUGAAGCUGCUUUCCGAGAAUGAGGAUGUUCUGGCUGAGUACAAAAGCGAGACUAUUGCCAUCCCACAGGACAACGAUGCCAACUGGACUGAGAUCUCCCACACCUUUUCCAACUAUGGGCCUGGGGUCCGCUUUGUGCGCUUUGAACACGGUGGCCAGGACACGCUGUUCUGGAAGGGCUGGUAUGGUGUGCGUGUUACCAACAGCA